UCGCCGUUAUCUCCCCUGUCUUGCUCUUGCGUAAAGGGAAAUUCAAGGCAACCAUGGAAGUUUGUAAAGGUCGUUUACUUGGUAUCUCCGUCGCUGUUGCUCAUGGAUUUUUCUCGGGAUCGUUGAACAUUUUGCUAAAAUUUCUCAUCACGACUUAUAACUUCAACUACCUCACUCUCAUCCAGUGCCUCACCAGCACGCUGGCGGCGGUUACACUGGAGAUACUGAGGAGACUGGGCAAAGUAGACAUACCUCCGUUCAGCCUUCAACUAGCCAAAGUCUUCGGAGGUGUUUGUAUUCUGUCCACAUUACAGUCCACUCUAACACUAUGGUCUCUCAGAGGACUGAGUCUACCCAUGUAUGUGGUUUUCAAACGUUGUCUACCGUUGGCCACCCUGGGUAUCGGCGUGUGCAUUCUGAAGAACGGAACCCCAUCAGUGGGGGUCAUAACGGCGGUGCUCAUCACUACUGGAGGAGCAGCUUUAGCUGGGUCUGGUGACGUGAUGGGUGAUCCGUUUGGCUACGUGACGGGCACCCUGGCUGUGAUCAUCCACGCCUCCUACCUGGUCCUGAUCCAGAAGACCAGCAUAGACAGUGAAUAUGGCCCCCUCACGGCCCAGUACUCCAUCGCCAUCAUGGCCUCCCCAGUUCUCUUAAUCUGCUCCAUCGUCAGCAUGGACUCCAUCAACAUGUGGAGCUACACGGGCUGGAGUAACCCCUUCAUCUCUGGCAUCUUCUCCAUCUGCAUCCUCAUCGGCUGUGCCAUGAACUUCACCACGCUGCAAUGUACCUAUAUCAACUCGGCCGUCACCACCAGCUUCGUGGGCGUGGUAAAGAGCAUCGCCACCAUCACAGUGGGCAUGGUGGCCUUCAGCGACGUGGAGCCCACCAGGCUGUUUGUAGCCGGCGUGGUGGUCAACACGGUGGGUUCCAUCACCUACUGUAUCGUCAAGUACUUUGAGACCAGGAGGAAGACCCUCUACCAGGACCUGGAGGAGCAAAGCAAGGACGAAACUCUGCCUGGACAGCCUUACAUUGAGAAGAAGCCACCCAACGGAGACCUGGAGCCCCUGCCCAAUGGUCGCAGAGGGUCUGACGGAGGAUCGAUCGAAGGAUCUUUCCCCACACAGGAGCACCUACUCAACGAUCAGCGCCUCAGUGACAACCCACCUCAAGACACCAGCAACAGUAUGGAGUUUGUAGAACUCCAGAGAGAGGCCUUCCAUAGCGAGAACCGGGCCAGCCAGUCUGUGAGUGACAGUUAUGUGGGGGUGUGGAGGUCCAUCCGUAACCUGAAGUUCUUGAAGAAAGACACCUUAAUAGAGAAUAUGGAGGUGCAGAGCCCUUGAUGGGGAAUCUCUAUUUUCAAAGGAUGCAUGUUUUGUCAGUCCUUUAUGUUUGUAUCUUUUUUCUGUUUGUUUGUAAGACUGCUUUGACAUUGCGCACCGAUUAAUGUUUUGAGAUCCGUUUUUUUUUCUGGCACACAUGCUCUUAUGGAAGCAAAAAAAUAUUUUUGAGAAGAUGGAAUGUUUAUAUGAACUGGAUAAAAAUACUGACUAUUCUUAAAAAAAAACAUUUGUUUAAAUGUUUUAUAUUGAUUUUAUCAGUCAUAUUAAUAACAGGUGAAUAAUUGAUAGUACAUCGGGUAAGGUUGAAAUUGAUAUGUUAUGACAUGUUAUAAAAAUAGGAAUAAUUUACUUGCACGUAAUGUUACUGCCUAUCCUGAUUCUGUAUGGUCCAUGAAUUGUGAUGUUUGGCAAGUGAAGAGCAAUAGCAACUGCCAUUUGCAUGAACAAUGCAAAGUCAAUUUAAACCAUUUUUAUGAAACUGUUCCACUGUGAUGUUGGCUUCUUCUUUAUGAUAAAACCAUUAGAGUGAAAUGCAUGGUAAUUGUUUGAGCCAUAUUGCCUUUCCGUUGAGGAAUCUUUUUGAAUUACCAACAAUAGAUAGCUGUUGUGAUAAGGUUCACUUAUUAUCAACACAAUAUAGACGUACUGAAAGCGUCUCCCAGGGGCAGAUUGUGAGGACAUCAUUAUGAGUAGACCACAUCGAUCUUUAAUGUCAACAUUAGAUUGGAAAGAGAAUUACUUCUGUCUCUACAGAACACAUGGCUCAUUAGUCAAAGUAAACCACAACAAUUCCCGUAGAGAAGGUCUGAGCUGUUGAAGAAAACACUGCUAUUUCACAUCACCCCCAAGGAGGAUUCCUGUGUCGUGAUUCAAAGUAAUACUGUAUACAUAUCUGAAAGCUAAUGCAUUUUCCAGCAUGUUUUAGAAUACUUCCUUAUCUAAAUGCAUGCAGUGAGAGGAUGUUUGUGUCCUUCCAGAGUACCUGCAGUGGAGAGGAGAGGGAGAAGCGUGAGCAAUCUGUCCCCUUACCAACCAGAAAGAGGCCUGCAGUCAGCACUUUAGCUGCAGGAAAAUCCAUCCCAAAGUGCCUUUGAAAUCCUUCAGUGGCACUCUGGAAGUACAGAUAGACCAGGAAAAAAAUAACUGGACUUGGAAAAUAAAAAAGAAAUAGGCGAUUCUGAUUGAGAAAGGGGAGUUUUUUCACAUCCUCUCCUUUUGGGGGGAAAUAGAGAUGAAUUCAGACAAAUGUACAGGAAAGGAAACAACAUGCACACAUCUGAGUGGUUUUUAAAUUAAACAAUAUUCAACAUUG